AGUAUCACCAACUGCUUCGAAUUGCACUCAAUUUUUUUUGAUCUCACUAACUUUUGAUACACCACCAAUUUAUACAAUACCCAUAAUAUUUAAGACAAUUAAUAGGCAAUAAUAGUUGAUUGUGUGGAAUGAAUUCAGACACAUCGCCUGAUCCUAUCACCAUUACAUCCGACCAACUUGAGUCCGUAUUUGGUGAUACUCACUACGAUACAUCCCCACCUCCACCAACCCCACCAGAAUAUGUUGAGUCUCUACUACAACAAACAGAUAAAGCCAAUAAGUAUUAUGUAUCACUACAGAGUUAUAGUAAUCAAUUCAUUCCAUCAUCGGGUCAUUCAGUAGUUAGAUGGACUAAUUCAUCUUUAGAGACUACUCAAAAAUUAAUUGUUGAUUCAUGGCUUGUAGCUGAUCAAAAGCGUAGUCAAAAAUCUGUACUCACCAAUCGAUCUAUGGCAACUGCCAAUACUUUAUUCAGUUGGUCAUCAUCUGAUGCUUACAUUCAAGAAAGAAAAAGGCAACUAAAAGCUAAUAAGAAUGAUCAGAAAGUUAAGAAUAAUAUGACUCGUACUGAUAAGGAUACGAGUCCAUCACCAGAUAAAGAUGAUGAAUCAGCUAUAAAAAGAGCUGAUGAUUUAAAUAAACUCAACAUCACUGUUCUGAAUGUAUCAAUAACUAAUAAAUUGAGUAGAAUAGUCGAGAAAGAAUCAAAUCGAUUUAUACAUUCAAGAAUAGAAAGUAUAAGAGCUCAUCAUAGUGAACAGAUUAAUCAACAAAUCCAUGAACGAAAGAAGAAGGAUCAUGAAUUAUACUUACGGAAGUUAAAGAUAAAAGAGGCUGAAUAUGAAAGAGAGAUUGAAGCUACUUUAAAUAAGGAAAAGCUUGGAUUCUUUGGAUCAUUGUUUGGAUUUAACACAACAUCAUCACGAGAGUUUGAUAUUCAACUGAGAACAUCUACUGAUAGUCAAACUAGUGUGGCUACUUCUGGGAAUCAGAGCACAGUUCCAAAGGUUGCUAAACGAUUUUCAUUCCUACCUGUGACCUCUAUAUUUGGAAGUCCUGGUGUUAAGAGUCGAAGCAAUGAUUCGUUGGGAGUGAAGAAGGACAAGAUUGAUUCGGUCCUUAAUACACCACCAAUUGGUGUAUCUACAACUCCAAAAGUAAGUUCUGAUGCUCCACCAAUUACUAUAACUUCACCUCCAAUAAGUUCACUUUCAAUUAAUGGAAAUGACAUUCCAAUUAGUGAUACUCCCAUUAGUAGCCCCGCCGGUGAGUCACCGGAGCAUGAAGAUGAAGAUGAAGAUGAUGAAGAGGAAUUCGCUGAAUUCACAUCCACUUCACCUAUAACCAGUAAUACUGAACCACCUAUAUCUCAAAUUACCCAUACUUCAACUUCGCGGUUCAUGACUAUGGAUGAUGCAUUCCCAAAACCGUCGAAUAUCAAUGGAGAUCUUCUAGACAUUUUUAGUACUACACCCACCAAAACAAAUCCUGCAAAAAGUGAUGACACUAACUUAGUUAAUUUAUGACAUUUGAAUAGAUUAAGUAAUAGUAAUA